AUGGUUCAUGAUACCAAACUUUAUGAUUCUCUGGGUGUUAAGCCGGACGCUUCGGAUUCCGAAUUGAAAAAGGCCUACCGUAAAUUGGCUUUGAAAUAUCAUCCUGACAAAAACCCCAAUGGUGCCGAAAAGUUCAAAGAAAUUUCGCUGGCUUACGAAGUGUUGAGCGACCCGAAACGUCGUCAAAUGUAUGACCAGUUCGGCAUCACAGAAGGAAAUGCUCCUCCACCUCCUUCCGGCGGUGCUGGCGGCCCUGGAGGUGCCGGUUUCGGCGGUUUCCCUGGCGGCGGCGCCCGAACAUUCACAUUCAACAUGGGUGGUGGUCCCGGAGCGGUGCACACCCACGGCGGCAUGGACGACGACAUGGAUAUGGAUGGCGGGUUCAUGCCUCGGGGCUCUCGACGCACGGCCGGUGGUAUGCCGGGCGGCUUCGCUAGCAUGUUUGGAGGAAUGCCACGCGGUGCCGGUGGUCCUCAGCCAAACUUUCAGACCCGGCCCUCGGCUCCCCAACAGCCCAACGAAGUGGUUACUCGUCCAUUGAACGUUUCACUCGAAGACCUUUUCCAUGGCUGCACCAAAAAGAUGAAAAUUACGCGUCGCAUCAUCGACGCGUCCGGCCAAGCUGUGAAGGCCGACCGUAUCCUUGAGAUUAAAGUGAAGCCUGGCUGGAAGGCCGGCACCAAGAUCAAGUUCACGGGUGAGGGAGACGAAAAGCCGGAUGGCAGUGUCCAGGAUAUCCAGUUCAUUGUGACCGAGAAGCCACAUCCCGUUUUUACUCGCGAGGGCGAUGACUUGCGCAUGAACCUCGACUUGUCACUGAAAGAGGCUCUGUUGGGCUUCUCUCGCCAAAUCAUGACAAUCGACAACCGUCGUUUGAAUGUCUCAUCGUCCAAGCCUACGCAGCCCGGUUACGAAAUUCGGUAUCCCGGCCAGGGCAUGCCCUUAUCCAAAUCUCCAAACCAACGUGGCGACUUGGUAAUUGUGUGUCGUGUUAGUGUACCUUCCACCCUUACUCCUUCUCAGCGCGCUGCUGCUGAACAGUUUUAG